AAAGUAUUUAUUAUCAACAAUAUAGUCACACCAAUUUCAUAAAACAUUCCUUUACUCCUUUUAAAAAACCCCAACGGUCCAACCGAACAACAGCCGGAGCAAAACCAACACAUGGACUCGCCGGAGCAACGGCGGAACCGAAAGCGGUUUCCUAAAACCACAAAACUCUCGAAUUUCCGCCACUUUCCACCAGUAAGAUCUCUUCUUUACUGUUUCGGUUUCUUUUGCUUCCUUUAUGUACUUUUCCGGCGACACACGGUGGCGCUUCCACACGCCGUAACACUCUCCAGAUUAUCCUCUAUCUCUAGUUAUCAAAUCGAUGCCGAUAGCGUGUUCCACACGUUUCACAAGUUGCCUCAGAUUAAGAUACAAGCUACUGUUUCAUUUCCUGAUCAUACUCUGUUACUUCUCUCCAAAGGUUCCGAAAUUAGGGCUCCAAAUCAGUUACACUGUGUGUAUAAAACUAACAAUUCGGGUUCGGAUCCGGAUAUUAAAAUGAGUGUAUUGUCGGUGGAUGAAUAUAUUAAUAACCGUUUGCUCGUCCGGUGUCCUCUCCCGCCGGUGAACUUUUCAUCACCGGUUGCGCUACAACGACGUCGUUUGGUUAUUAAUACAGCAGAAGAAUCCGACCCGACCCGAUUCUCAUGGGAGAAUUUGGCCUAUGAAGCUGUGUUGGAUGGGAACAGUGUUAUUGUGUUUGUGAAGGGUAUAAGUCAUAGACAGGGUAAAGAAUCCAACCCGACCCGAUUCACAUGUCAUUUCGGGUUUGGGGAUUUAGGGGUUAAUGGGAAGUAUGUGCUUAGUUCAAGAGCUGUGAGUGUAGCUCAAGAAGUGGUCCGGUGUGUGUUGCCGAGAAGUAUGGUUAUGCGUCCGGAGAAAGCGAGUGGAGUUCGGGCUACGGUUAGUUUUCUAAUGCCGCGGGUUCAUGGCCGGGCUAACCGUGUUGUUGUUCCGUCCAUAGCGAAGAUAUCCAUUCCGGAACGGAGUUUGGAGGUUAAUAAACACGAGCUUUGCGUGUGUACGAUGUUGUGGAACCAAGCUCAUUCGAUUCGUGAAUGGAUAACGUACCAUUCGUGGCUAGGCGUCGAGAAAUGGUUCAUUUACGAUAACAACAGUGACGAUGAUAUUAAAACCGUAAUCGAGAGUCUUGAUCGCGAGGGUUACAAUAUUAGUAGACGCGUGUGGCCAUGGAUCAAGACUCAAGAAGCCGGGUUCUCACAUUGUGCUAUUCAGGCCCAAACCGAAUGCAACUGGGUUUCUUUUAUGGAUGUAGAUGAGUUCUAUUACUUCCCACACAAUCCCAUAUCCGGGUACCCAGGCCCGGGUGCUCUCCGAACCCUGGUUUCAAAUUUCACCACGUCGUCGUCAAUCGGGGAGAUCAGAACAUCAUGCCAUAGUUUCGGGCCUUCGGGCUUAACUUCCCGACCCAAACAAGGAGUCACGGUCGGGUACACUUGCAGGCUAAAAAGCCCGGAAAGGCACAAGUCAAUCAUUAGACCCAGUGCGCUAGACCCGACCCUAAUGAAUGUGGUGCACCAUUUCCAUUUAAAGCAAGGGUUCACAUACAUGGAUUUGCCUCAAAGUAUUGCAGUGAUUAAUCACUACAAGUAUCAGGUGUGGGAGGUUUUUAGGGCAAAGUUUUAUAGAAGGGUGGCUACUUAUGUGGCGGAUUGGAGCGAUAAACAGAACGAAGGUUCGAGGGACCGAGCACCAGGUUUGGGUACAGAAGCCAUUGAACCGGCCGAAUGGAGACUGCAGUUCUGUGAGGUAUGGGACACUGGUUUGAGGGACUUUGUUUUGGCUAAUUUGGGUGAGGUUUCAACUGGGGCUUUGCCAUGGUAAUGUGACAUAAUGUUGAUUGUUGGAUAUAAUCAUAUUGUUAGAUUGGUUGAUUCUUUGAAAUCAUUGUUCUUGUAAGUAAAAAAGAUGCAACAAAUAUACGGUUUGGACAUAUUACAGAUGUUUUGUUUAGUUUUUUUGUAAAGGUUUCAAGUGAGUGAAUGUCACAAACUCAGUUUCGUA